CAUGUUCAACCGUCUGCAACAUAACAACGUUGGAUCUCAUCGUCAUCUCGGUUCCCAACAUGACCCAUGCAUCGUCAUGUCAUCCCAUGUCUUGGGAUAGCUCAACCAUCUUGAUUUGCUCGAACACAUCUGUCAGGAACUGACCUAUGUGUCGAUCCUCUUCAGGACAUCCCAAACAUCCAUCCAUCUAGGUUCUCUCGAACAUUGAACGCUCUCGUGUCCAUGUUAAGUCAUCUACGACAUACGUUAUAAAUAGUGAGUGCAUAAUCUAACCUCCAACGCUGGACCGAUAUGCAAUACGCUGCGUGUUAACUAGCUUCAUAGUGCUUAAAACCCUCGCACUGCUACACUCCGACUUCGUCUCAUUUUUCUCAAUUUUCAUUAAAGAAGAAAUGGCUUGGCGCUCUUCUGGAUCUCUAUCUCGCGCGCUCAUUUCCUCUGUUAGGUCUUCUUCUCUCCGAUCGUCUCCUUCUCUUCCUUGGCUUCGUCCGCCAUCUCUCACCGCUCGACCUCGCCUUCAAUCUCGUCGGCUUUCAUUUUCGACUUCCAGGAAGUUGGGAGAACUGGGAUGCACACAGUCUCUGCUGCCCAUGCACAGCAUCAUGGGUGCUACCUGCCCGACAUCACACCUCUGUGUUAGCGCACGAGCUUUCUGCGAGCUUUCUCAUGGAAGGAAUGGAAAAGAUGGGUGAUGCACGAGGACAUUCUAUUAUUGGCAAGCCGGAGAUCGUCACAACAUUUGUACUUGAGUGAUCUCCAGUAGAAGCACACAUGUGAGCCAUUCUAUGUGGGGUGAAGUUGGGUAGAGACGGAGUGUGUGAGAUAGAGAGAGUUUCUGGUAACUUUAUUUGGUCGGUGGAUGUAAUAACAAAAUAUUUCUAGUUGUUCAGGGAAUUCAUCCUAUUUCUCCACAUAGUACUCGGUUUGCUCAUUGAUUCCCUUAAAUUAUCAAUUGCUGAUCAUCUGACCUUGUAAGUUUCUUCUGGGCCUGAAUUUUGUAAUCAUUUAACUUCAAUUACUUUUGGAAGAUAGUUAUGUGUGUUUUUACACACUGAUGCUUUCAUUUUUCAUAUAUUCAAUUGUAAGUGAAUUAUAUUUGUUCAUGGGAUAUGGAACUUUUGAAGCACCAAUUAGAGUCGAGCGUGUCACCGUUUGAAGGGAACAACGUAUCCAAUAAUCGACACGAAGUAGAAUCAUGUGGGAGCGCAAUAGCAACAGGCACAUGGGAUUGCCGAAGCCGAUUUUGAUUGACACUAACAUAUCAUGUUUAUAAAGCCAGGUUUAUGGUUUAUGGUUUUAUUUGGUCCACAAUGUAAUGUAAUUCAUGUAUGGCUGCUUGCAGGUGCACUUGAGAUCUUUAUUGAUUUCUACGGCCCAUAACCUCAGCCUACUAGCUGGUGGUGUUGUUUCCUACAUCUGGACUGGCCCCCUCCUGCUUCCUUUGAUAAAAACUUGUCAGGAAACCCAAAAUACUACCUGCUAUUCAACAAUGGGGACCUUCAAACCCCAUCACUUAUUCUUCCCCCCACCCUCCAUAAGGAACUUGAUUGGAAAUGGUAACAGAGUAAGGACAGAAAUGGGCUCUCCAGUCUCGAUCUAUGACCCCAUCUAAGGUUUUAAUGUUCAUUUGCAGCAACAAGUCUUGGAAAACGGGCUGAGUUUGAAGAUUCCUCCUUAAGGAUUCAGGUAUUUCUUCAAACAAUUUUUUGAUUAUUUCCUCUUAGCUACAAUUCCUUUACCUUAGAAGUAACUGAGCUUCUAGCUACAACGUAAAAAGCUGAUUUUUUUUGGGCUAAUUGAUAUUCAUAGUGGAAGGGUUAAGUCAGUGGCAGGAAGAAUGGAGAGAUUUUUCAAUCUCAAAUUGUAAAACUCUUUCUCUCUCACGACUGUAUAUCUAAUAUACAGAAGAGGACUGUUCUGAACCCCAGUUAGAAAGUAAGUGCACUUAAAAAGUAGAGAGAAUCCACUUGACUUUCCUUCACUGCUUGCAUGAUCACCAUCCCCAUGAUUUACGAACCCUUUAUUUCAAGCUUAGCUUCUACUAUAGUGUCAUCAAACAGUAACUCACAUUUUCCAUCAUAUUUAAUCGCACUGUCAAGAUAAUGCAAUUUUGUGUUCUUUGAUCAGAGUGGUUGUCAGGCUUUCUUUAUAAUGCCUUAGUUGAUGCCUCAUGAUUCAACCUUUUGAGGUUUUUUCUUUUUGACAGUCUUCUGAGGCAAGUCUCCCUACAUUGCCUUUUAUUUCACAUUCACUUUCACAUGUAAAGGUAUUCAUAAUCUAUUCUCCCACUAUUUACAUUUGCUUAAGAAUAUCUAUACUAUAUUUCACUUUUUUGUCAUGAGCAAUGCUGUCAUCCAGAGAAAACCACUCACACAAGUUCUAGUCAAUUCGCUCUUAAGACACGAAAUAAAGCAACGAGCAAAUCGAACAGAAUUAGACAACAUUAGUUAAGUUCAUGAAGGGUAAAGAUCCAAAUGUCCUCUUCCCCUUUCUCUUCUCACCAGGAGACAGGAAGAGAAAGAUCCUGUCUUAGCCUAGCCUAAAGUUUUGCAGACAAGAUCACAUGAAAUGAGGACCCGAAAGAAAUCGCUUGGUUGUAGAGAUAUGUGUUGCCAACAUCAGCCUUGGAAAAGAAUCCCACAAAAGUAGUUUCAAAAGUGAUUCGGUUUACUUGUGUUGGAUAAGAAGUGUACUCCUUCGAUGCAUUGGAGGGACAAUUCAAACAGCUUGUUAGAUUGUGACUGAUAUUGAUGUUGCGGUUUUUGUACAACUUUCAAUCAUGUAUUUUCUCAAAAGUUUCCCACAAACAAGUUUUGUGUAAGGUUGGUAUAGGGCUCCUAAAGAUGUGGCUAAGAAGCUAGCAAUACAAAGACAAAAGAAAAUCAACAUUAUCUCGAGUUUGAAUAUUGACCAAUCUUUCAUUACGCAA